AUGAUAUCAGAUGCAAGAUCGAAAAAACCAUAGUUUGGUGAAAUAUUUAUAACAAAUGAUGAAGUAAAUGGUUCCUUAGAAUCUUUAAAGCAUUUUCGUGGUAGAUUAAUAACAAAUGCCUGUGGAGGAUACAAGAAAUUAUUUAUUAUAGAAGAAAGCUAUUCAAACGAAGGUUUAGUGAGUAGUUUACAUGCUCCCGAAUAUGAUGAUUAUGAUUAAACAUUUGCCGAAGAAGCAAAAAGUGUGAAAAAUUUAGAAGAUAUAUUUUAAGCAUUUAAUGAUAAAGGAUAAAUAAAAAAGAUGGUAUGUGGAAAAAAACAUACCGUAUUUAUAACAGAGGAGGGUAAAAUAUAUUCAUAUGGAAUAGGAGAAUAUGGUUCUUUAGGACAUGGGGGUUUAAUUUAUAGUGAUAUUCCUAAAAACAUAAUAAAAUUUAAUUAAAAAAAAAUUAUAUAAAUUACAUGCGGCGAAUUUCAUACAUUAGCACUAACAGAUACUUAUGAUUUAUAUAGUUGGGGAAGAGGAUUUGAAGGAUAAUUAGGGACAGGUAAAGAUUGUGCUUCUUUUCCUUGUUAUGUGAGUAUUUUUUAUUAAAAAUAUGACUAUGAGAAUAAGAAAGAUUAGAAAAAAAUUGUCAAAUAUAUUGCUUGUGGGGCUUAUCAUUCUCUUGCAAUUAGUGAUGAUGGGAUUUUAUAUGCUUGGGGAGAGGCAAGGUUAGGAUAAACAGGAAAUGGGAAAUCUAAAAGUGAGAAAUAUCCUAAAAUUGUUAACUUUGGAAAUAAUUUAAAGGAAGAAAAUAUUUUAGAAGAUAAAAUUAUUUGCGUAAGUGGAGGAUAUGGACAUUCAGCAGCAGUACUCGAAAGCGGAGAAUUAUAUACUUGGGGUUUAAAUUUUAAUGGAUAAUUAGGACACGGAAGCAUUAAAUCAAGCUAUUUCCCUUAAAAAGUUGUUAAAGAUAUUUUAGGGAAUAAUAUACCUUUAUUUAAAACUGUUUAAUGUGGUUAUAAUAAUACUUUCGCAAUUGAUAUUAAUGGUUAAUUAUGGAGUUGGGGAGGAGGUAAUUUAGGACAUAAAAACAAUCAUUUUUAAGAUUUGCCUAGAAAAAUAACUUAGAAUACAUAAAAUAGAAAAUUUAGUGAAAUACAUGCAACUAGUAAUUCGGCAGUAUUUUUUGCUCCAAUGAGAAUAAUGUCUGUAAGACCCAAUUAUGGACCUUCAUGUGGUGGAACUUUAAUAUCAUUAUUAGGCACGGGUUUUACCGAAACAGGAAAAUAAGGACUUCGUUUUUAAUUUAAGAACUAUAAAAUCGAAAUUGCUUUAAAUUAUGAUCAUUAAACGGAAAGUUUUUACUGUUAAACACCUAAAUUCGAUGAUAUAAGUGAAGAAGUAAUUUAAUGGCCAUUAAUAUCUUAAUUAGAAGUUACUUUAGAUGGAAAAAUAUAUACUGAAUGUGAAGAAAGUUUCCUUAUUUAUUCUUCGAAAAUAUAAAUGACUUCUAUAGAACCGAAAUGUGCUAGUGUUGAAGGAGGAACUUUACUUGCUUUGAAUAUUAAUAUUGAUGAUUUAACAGCUUCUUAUUUAAAAUAUUUAACUGUUGGAUUCUAGUAGAGAUUAAGAAAAGAUACUAUUAAUAUUUAAUAAAAUUCUACAAAAAAUAAAAAAAAUUCUUUAUAAAAAAUAAUAAAUCCAUUAGAUCUUGAUAUUUCAGAUCCGGAAUUAGAAAAAGAAAAUUGGGUAUGUGUAUAAGGAGAAUACGAUAAAGGAAAAAUAACGUGCGAAGUUCCUAAAUUAGCAGAUUAUAAUUCUGAAUCAUUAAAUUUUAAUGUCGAUGUAUCUUUAAAUGGUCAAUAAUUCACAGGUUAGCCAUCUUCUUUUAGGUUUUAUGAUAUUUAAAUACAUAAAUUGGAACCAAAUAAUGAUGCUUUAAGUGGAGGAGCUACUAGUAAAUUAAUGGGAGAAGGAUUUUUUGACACUUUAACAAAAAAAAUUAUGUUUAAAAGUAUUUACGGAGAAAGACUUAUUGAUAUAAAUUGGGAUAAAAAAGAAAGAACUUUUUCAUUUAUAGUUCCUCCAAUUACAUGGCUUUUAGGAGGACAAGAUCCAUCUCCUGAAUUAAUAAAAUAAGUGUAAAAUGGUUAAAUUUAAGUAUUUUUAACUUUAAAUUCUAUUUAAUGGAUUAAAGUUUCUAAUUUUUUAUAUGCUGAAGCCUAAAUUACACGAAUAGGACCUGUACCUGAAUGGGAAAAAGGAAUGAAUGAGGAAGCUAUUAAACUUAAAUGGAAUAAUGCAGAAGAAAUAGUUGAUCCGUUAAAAGGAUUGAGUAGUGAUGCUGAAAUAAAGAAAAAAAUGAUGAAUUAAAUAAAAUAUUAGAUACUGAAAUUUAUGAAAUCUACAGUUGUUAAAGGAGUUUAUAAAAAUUCGUAGAAAAUCGGAGUUAUUAUUCCGGAAUUAGAUUAAGUUCCUUAAGGGAUUUUCGAUAUUGGAAUUGAAAUUUCUUAUAAUGGAUAAUGCUUUAGUAGUUCAGGGAAAACUUUUAGAUAUAUGAGUUUUGGAAAAGAUUUACCAUUAGAAUAAAGAGCUAAAUGGGAAGAUGGAGAACUUAAAAAUAUAAAAAAAAGUGCACCAAAACCACCUAAAUGA